GAAAAUGUACGAGACCGGAAUUGCAGACAUUUUUUUUCCUCCGUCUCCGUUUCCGGCGGCUAGCUACUGAGAGCUAUAGUCCUAACAAUAGACAUCGCCUUGCUCCCUCCAUCUCCGUUUCUCUUCCCAUCAGUUGCUGAAAACUCCAUCGAAGGGGAUUGCAGCGGCGGGAGGGCGACUUACCACUCCUCUUCUCCGGUGAGUAACUAUCUGAGGCUAUUGAGUUGAGCCCAUGCCCCGGUGCCUCCUUUUUCUUCUCAGUCUCCGUUCGGCAAGCGAAUUUAUCUCUUCUCUGUAAGUUUUUUCUUAGAGUGAAGUGGAUGCAUCUCUGAGAAAUUCAUUCACUUACUGAUCUUCAUUAUUGGUUGUGGUUGGUCUGUAAUUGAUGUUAAUUCUUUCACUUGGUUAGUUUCAUGACUCAUCCAAAGAAGAGAAGUAAGUGAUGAACUCCUCUGAGGAUUGGAAAUGGCCGAUCGGCCAUGUCUUCUCUCCACCUCUCCUCCUCUCUGGCUCUUCUGCAAAACCCUUAGGCCCUUUUCUCUUUACCCCAUCUCCCCAAACCCAAACCCUCUUGUCAUCCCUCUCUCUGUUACCUCCAGUCCUUCUCCCUCGUUCCCUCUCUGUUCUUGAAUCCCUUCGUUCAAAAUCCCAAUCCUCCAAAGACACUUACAUACCCCCCUCUAUCAUCUCCUCGACUUCCUCCAGCGACAGCUUCGGUGCUCAAUAUGAUGCAGACAUAAAUCUUUUUCUCAAUAACAACCUUCAAAUGCUUCAGUGCCCAAAUGGAGAAUACCUGCUUUUGUUCCCAACUGGGGAGAAUUUUGACCGGGUUGGAUUUGUUGUGGUGUCCACAAAAGAACCCACUUGGAAAGUUAGGCUUAAUGAAGAAGGUAAUAUAUUUUCAACAGCUAAUGGGUUCAAUCAUCAGAUUCUUAGAAUGUCUGCUACUGCUUAUGAUGCUGAUUGAGUAGUUGGGAUCUUUCUUCCUCUUCUGCUGGCGAUUCUAUUAUUGUUGGUUUUCUGUUUGCUUGUACUUCGCAUACUGUUCAAUGGUUCAGCAUCGAGGUUAACAAUUCAGGUUCAGAAAGGGGGAGGCCAGUUUUAGUUCAUUUGGGUAUGAAGGAGUUUCAUAGCUCAGCUGUAAAUGCUUGUUGGAGCCCACAUUUGGCUGAAGAGAGUAUAGCUUUGUUAGAAAUGGUAGAUUGUUCCUGUUUGAUUUGGGUUCUUGUUUGGGCUCUGGUAAUUUUUCUGAUGAAUUGAAAGGAACGAGGAUCAAGAUUUUGUGGAAGGAUUUUGGCGUGGAUUUGGAUAGUUCAGAGAUGGUUGAAUGGAUGAGCUGUGGAUUUGCUUGGCAUCCUCGAAUCUUGAUUGUUGCCAACUCUAAAUCUGUUUUCUUAGUGGAUGCUAGGUAUGGGGCAAGCAGCAUGAGCAUCUUAGCCGAGAUUGGGACAUUUGAUUUGAACAAUUUGAGGACAGAUCGAUUUGUUGCAUUCUCUAUGGCUGGUCCUGGUGGCUUCCAUUUUACGGUGGCGACUAAAUAUUGGUUACUUCUUUUUGAUAUCCUCAAAUCAUUGGUGCCAGUGUUGCAAUGGGCCCAUGGCCUUGAUGACCCACAUUAUGUCAAUGUAUUCAGAUUGUCUGACUUAAGACAAAAACUAGAAGAUGAUAAGUACAGAUGUGCUUCUGAAUCCGGUUUUGCCAUUUUGUUGGGUUCUUUCUGGAACUGUCAAUUCAGUUUGUUCUGUUGUGGACCUUCUUUACAAGCUUUAGAUGGAUCAAUAGCAGCUAAAGUUUCGAAAUUCUGCGGCUCCCUCUAUGCAUGGGAGCUCCCUUCAGAACUCUCCUUGUUGGGUCGUCAGGGCCAUGGUGGAGACUACCUUGUAAGGGAAGAUUUUUGGAAGACUAAACUUCCUAUAUGGAUUGAUUGGCAACAGAAGAAAGAAAUAGUUCUGGGUUUUUGUAUUCUUGGCAAAGAUUUGCCAGCCUCUGUACCUGAAAGGGAAUGUGGUGAUGGGUUCACAUUGAUUAGAUUGAUGUCAUCAGGGAAGCUUGAAAGACAGAUGUACAGUGCUUCGUUUGAUUCUCCUAGUGCAAAUUCAGAAGCAGGGGAAAGAAUGCACUUACAGUCUGAAGAUUGUCUUCUAUAUCAUUCCAUUGAUCAGAAAUAUAAUUUCCUAGGAAAUUCAAGUAUCUUAAACUUGGCUAUCUCUUUGCAUAUUUGAGUAACAAUCUUGUGGACUUACUGACUAAAAAGAUACGGAACCUUGGGAUUGGUCUUGCCAAAGCGAUUCCGUAUGAUCAAGACUGCAAUGAACCUUCACGUGAUAAGUCAAAGAUUGAUGGUGUCUAUCUCAAUGGGUCAUCGCUUAUGACUACCCAAGUUCUUAGUGUCGUCAGCUUGCCUACCAGCAUACAUGAGAUUGCUUUGAGGAGACUGUGGACAGGGUUACCGGUGGAUCUUCUACAGCUAGCUGUUUCCAACCAGUCAGAGCUCCUUGAAGUUCUUGGAGAGUUGAAGAAGGUCUCAGGGACACUUUUGGAUGUUCCAAACUUAUCCCGGUUGCCACCUUUUUUGUUUCGGAAGCCCUUGAACCACAACAAUAAGUCAAUGUGUAAAGUGCAUCCAGGUGAUGAUGUUCUGGGGCCUUCUCUUCCACUUCCUGUUCUGCUUACCCUAAAUGAGAUUGGUAAGGAUAAGAACUGUUCAGAUUUGGAGGAAGAAGCAAGUGGAUAUUCGGCAAAAGUAGCAAUCAGUCACAAAUGCAAUGAAAUCAUAAAGGUGGCUAACAAUGUGCCAUUGAUAGGGUCUCAUUCCGAGGUGAAUGAUUCCUAUGUUGUCUCCCUUUCCAAUGACAAAGACGAGGCAUGGGUUUGUUCCCAAAAGCUGAAACAACCUAAUUGUUUCUUCUGUUACAAACCACGCGCAUUUUCAGAUAAAAACAGCUCUACCAUGCAUUGUGCACAAGAGGAGCUAAUUUUUGAAGACAAUGAAUUUACUACCUUCAUAUGUAAAAUGCAUGAGGAGUUUGCCCCUAAACUAACUAGGGAUUCUAAGAUGCAUGGUUCUCCCAAUUCCAAUAACAAACCGAUUGGAUUAGAAAUGUUUAAUGAGCUAUGCCCAGUGGAAUUGAACUUUGUUUUUUCUCCUAUGAACUUUGGGGAUGCCGAGAUGAAAGGAUACAAGCUGCUGAAGAGACAGUUCUCAAAAUGGCAAGAAGGUUUUGAGCCAUAUCAAGAUUUUUGUUCUCAGUCCAAGCUCCAAAAGCAUGCUUCUUGAUUAUUGGGUACUGUCUCAAUGUUUUUCAUUUGCCUUUGUGUUGCGCUAACCUUAGUGCCUGUUAGUGCUUCACUGCUGCUCCCAUAGCCUGAUUUUGUUGCGAUGAGAAAGAAAUUUAUGCUUGUGAGCAGAUUCUGUCUUGGGAGGAGUAAAGUUAUUGAUGCAGAAACUCAAUCCUAGGUGCCGGAAGCACACCACUUCAUUAUGCUGUAUGUGGUGGAAAUAAGCAAUGUUGCCAAGUUUUGAUAGCCAGAGGGGUGCCAGCCUAACUGCUGAAAAUGCAAAUGGGUAUCUCCUUAACUUACAAUCUGUAUUUUUGGCUUUCUAUGUAACACAAGAUGUUUUCUUAGUUUCAACUUUCAAUCAACCAUAUAUUCAGUUUCUUCUGUUCUUAUAAGUCGGCACACAUAAGAAGGCAUAGGAAGGAAAGUUUGAAUUUUUCAACAGUCCUUGGGUUUUCAUGGCCUAUUUAUCUGUAUCAGAGAUUACACGGUGCAUUUGUUAGAUUAUUUCAAAUUGGAUUGCCAGGAUAUCAAUUUAAGUAACUUAAAAUGAUUUAGAACAUUAUAGCACUAAACGGCUACACUACCAUAACGCUUGGAGAUGAAAAUAGUCUUGCUUUUAGAUUUGUUCAAACAUUAUAAGGGAUAUUUGUUAAUUUAGAUUUAGAUUGUCUUUUUUCCACUUUCCAAAUGUCCUGCAGUGGUGAUUAAAAUUUAAAUCCAGAACAUCUAGGUUAACCAUUAGAUUAAAUAUCUUGCCACCUAACUUUUUGUCUGAUAGUUGCAGAAAGGAUGGUUUGUAUUCAUAUUGAAAACGAAAAACAUAUCUAUAAUUCUUUUUGUCAAUCAUUAUAUUCAGACAUUAAACAACAUGAUGAAAAUUAUGCAAUUGGAGAAACAGAACGCAAUCUUUACACCACGAAAUAUUUGUUUCUUGUAGUAGCAUACAAGAGGCAUUUAGUUUUCCUCUACUAGGUCAGUAAGGCAUUAAAACCAAUGAGGAAAAAUGAGACAAUUAAAAGUAAGGCACGACUGGAUGAAGAAAUGAAAGUUGUCUCAAGAGUUGGACCUGAGAACUACUAGGCCCCCGAUUUUGAGAACUGAACAUGAUUUUUCAACAAAGAACUAGGCAAAAUUUAUUUGACCAUGAAAUCAUGCCAUCAAUUAAGAAGAAAAUUAGAGAAUAUUCCUAAAGAAACUAGGCAUUCAUUGUUUUCCUGCUUCAGUGGGUGGAUUUUGGUAUGGUUUUAUGUUUUUUUAGGGGGAAAAAAAAAAAGAAAAGAGAUUCCUAUCCGUGUCAUGUAAAAAAGAGUAUAUACAGAACAUAAUUCUAAUUUAUAAGUGCAAAACUAAUUAUGGAAGAAACCAUUUGGAGUCUGAAGCAAAUGGCUGAUUAUUUCUUUUUAUUAUCUAUCGACAUUAAUUACAAGGUUUUUAUCGAAAUUUUAGAGGCUUGCGAGCAUUUUCCCUCUUGUUUGUCAGUGACACUAGGUCAUUUUUGACAUGGUUUAAGAUUCCAAAAAAAAAAAAAAAA